UACAUUGUUAAUAGUAUGCAGCGACAACGAGUUUCGACUUCACAGCACGGACAGCAAAUGAAGCUCUUAUUUUUCGUACUGACAUACCUUACUGUUGCGUCGGCAUGGGAACCUUGGAUCCCUGUGCGCCGAGACGAUGCAUCAUGGAUGGCGAGAUUUGAGUCAAACAUCAACCACACCAGAUCGAAUGCGGCGAAUAUAAACGUCAUUUUCUACGGUGAUUCAAUCACUGAGGGAUGGGCUAUCACCGCUCCCCAAUUGUGGAAUCAACAUUUUGCUCCGCUUGGUGCGGCAAACUACGGUAUCGGUGGAGAUUUAGUACAAAAUCUUCUGUGGAGGGUGAUGAACGGUGAACUGGAUGAUGUUAAUCUUCGACCGAGACUCGUAGUACUCUUGAUUGGUACGAACAAAAUAAAUUUGAAUUACUCGUUGGAAAGUGAUAUUGCAAGAGGGAUAUCCACAGUCGUAGAGGAGAUUCGCCGCAGACUACCCGGUACUAGAGUUUUGGUAUUGGGCGUUUUGCCACGCAACGACGCAACUUGGACAGACUAUGUGGACCGGAUAAAUGGGUUUGCUCGUGGUGUCGAUGACGGUGUUAAUGUUCGAUUCUUGAAUAUGAAAGACGCUUUCUUUAACACGGCUACGAGACAAUUGUUCUUCGAAUUGUACAGAGGUGGUGGCGAUUUGUUGCAUCUUUCUUUGGCCGGAUACAACCGUUGGCAACAGACUAUGAAUCCAUUGUUCCAACAAAUGAUGAACCCUUAAUAAAGACAUUUUGAUCGACUG